AUGGCCCUGGAGGAGAAGCGGGAGAAACGCCUGCCCGUCACCCCCAUGAUGAUCGAGGAGGAGGCCGCCCUGCGGAACGGCAGCCGGGGGCUGCCGCCGGGCCCCUGGGCCGAGGGUGCGGGGCCGAGACCACGCACCACUGAGCGGCACAUCGCCGUGCACAAGCGUCUGGUACUGGGCUUCGCCGUCUCCAUCCUGGCACUGUUGGCAGUGACCAUGAUCGCCGUGCUGCUCAGCGUCCGCUUCGAGGAGUGCGGCGCCACCGCCGACGGCUCGCCGCGGGUCGGCGGCAACGGGAGCCUACCGGGGGCGGCCUGGCAGCCGCCCGCCGCGGGGAAGCCCCCCGGCCGGCCCGAGGAGGAGAAGGAGGAGGCGCGGGACGGGGAGGCGACGGCAGAGGAAAAGAAGGAGGAGGAGGAGGAGGAGUGGCAGCGACGGCGGGAGCUGCCGCCCUGGGCCCGGCCCCGGCUGCCGCGGCACCUGCGGCCGCUGCACUACAACCUGAUGCUGAGCGCGUUCAUGGAGAACUUCACCUUCAGCGGGGAGGUGAACGUGCAGCUGGAGGUGCGCAACGCCAGCCGCUACAUCGUGCUGCACACCCACCGCCUGCACAUCGAGGCGGUCCGCGUGGCCGAGGACAAGCUGGCCGGCGGCGUGCGGGUGGCCCGCUCCUUCCUCUACCCCCAGACCCAGGUCUUCGUCGUUGUCCUCAACCGCAGCCUGGAGGUGGACAGAAGUUACAACCUCAAGAUCAUCUACAACGGCUUCAUCGAGAACGAGCUGCUGGGCUUCUUCCGCAGCUCCUACGUCCUCCACGGCGAGAGAAGGUUUCUUGGUGUUACACAGUUUUCUCCUACUCAUGCCAGAAAAGCUUUUCCUUGCUUUGAUGAGCCCAUCUACAAGGCCACUUUCAAAAUCAGCAUCAAGCAUCAAGCAACUUACUUAUCUUUGUCCAACAUGCCAGUUGAAACUUCAGUUUUUGAAGAAGAUGGAUGGGUUACAGAUCACUUUUCACAGACUCCUCUCAUGUCCACAUAUUACCUAGCGUGGGCAGUGUGCAAUUUUACAUACCGGGAAACUGUCACCAAGAGUGGAGUAGUUGUACGGUUGUAUGCAAGACCUGAUGCAAUCCGAAGAGGAUCAGGGGACUAUGCUCUAAAUAUUACCAGGAGGCUUAUUGAAUUUUAUGAAGAUUAUUUUAAAGUACCCUAUUCCCUGCCAAAAUUAGAUCUGUUAGCUGUGCCUAAGCAUCCAUAUGCUGCUAUGGAGAACUGGGGACUGAGUGUUUUUGUGGAGCAAAGGAUACUGCUAGAUCCAAGUAUUUCUUCUAUAUCAUACCUACUGGAUGUCACCAUGGUCAUUGUACAUGAGCUUUGUCACCAGUGGUUUGGUGAUCUUGUGACUCCAGUUUGGUGGGAGGAUGUGUGGUUGAAAGAAGGUUUUGCUCACUAUUUUGAAUUUGUUGGGACAGACUACCUCUACCCAGGGUGGAACAUGGAAAAACAGAGAUUUCUGACAGAUGUUCUACAUGAAGUGAUGUUGCUGGAUGGUUUGGCCAGUUCACAUCCAGUAUCCCAGGAAGUGCAGCAAGCCACAGACAUUGACAGGGUGUUUGACUGGAUUGCCUAUAAAAAGGGAGCAGCUCUGAUUCGAAUGUUGGCUAACUUUAUGGGCCACUCUGUGUUUCAAAUGGGCUUACAAGACUAUUUAACCAUUCACAAGUAUGGCAAUGCAGCCAGAAAUGAUCUCUGGAACACACUGUCAAAGGCUUUAAAAAGGGUUGGGAAAUCUGUAAAUAUCCAAGAAGUAAUGGAUCAGUGGACACUACAGAUGGGUUAUCCUGUUAUCACUAUCUUGGGAAAUGAAACGACAGACAAUGUCAUAGUGAUCUCCCAAGAGCGUUUUGUUUAUGAUAGUGAUGCUAAACCCAAGAAUCCUGCCCUUGGAGACAGCAGCUACUUGUGGCAGAUUCCAUUAACAAUUGCAGUAGGAAAUACGAGCCACAUCUCAUCAGAGGCAAUUAUAUGGGUGUCUAACAAAUCAGAACACCACAGAAUUCCCACUUUGGAAUACUCAAGUUGGUUGCUGGGGAACAUCAACCAGACUGGCUACUUUAGAGUUAAUUAUGAUAUUAGGAAUUGGAGGCUGCUAAUUAAUCAGCUAACGAGGAACCAUGAGGUUAUCUCUGUCAGUAAUCGAGCAGGCUUGAUCGAUGAUGCAUUCAAUCUAGCCAGAGCUGGUUAUUUGCCUCAGAAUAUUCCUUUGGAGAUUAUCAGAUACCUUUCGGAGGAGAAGGAUUUUCUGCCUUGGCAUGCUGCCAGCCGAGCUCUUUAUCCUUUAGAUAAAUUGCUGGACCGCACAGAAAACUACAACAUCUUCAAUGAGUAUAUUUUAAGACAAGUUGCAUCAAUGUAUCUCAAGCUUGGAUGGCCAAUGAAUAAUUUGAACAAAUCGCUUGUUCAAGCAUCCUACCAACAUGAAGAGUUGCGUCGAGAAGUCAUCAUGUUGGCUUGCAGCUUUGGUAACAAACACUGUCACCAGCAGGCUGCAACGUUAAUCUCGGAUUGGAUUUCUAGCAAUAGGAACCGGAUCCCACUCAAUGUGAGAGACAUUGUCUACUGUACAGGAGUUUCACUGAUGGAUGAAGAUGUAUGGGAGUUCAUUUGGAUGAAAUUUCAUUCUACCACAGCAGUGUCUGAGAAGAAGAUAUUAUUAGAAGCCUUAACUUGCAGUGAUGACAGAAACUUGCUUAACAGGCUUUUGAAUUUGUCUCUCAACUCAGAAGUUGUCCUGGAUCAGGAUGCAAUUGAUGUGAUAAUCCACGUAGCUCGAAAUCCACAUGGAAGGGAUCUUGCUUGGAAGUUUUUCAGAGAAAAAUGGAAAAUAUUAAAUGCUAGGUAUGGAGAAGCAUUAUUUAUGAAUUCGAAGCUUGUCAGUGGAGUCACAGAAUUCCUCAAUACGGAAGAAGAGCUAAGAGAGCUAAAGAACUUUAUAAAGAGCUACGAAGAAGGAGCUGCCUCUUUCUCUCGUGCUGUGGAAACAGUGGAAGCCAAUGUGCGGUGGCAAAGGCUUUAUAAGGAAGAACUAUUCCAGUGGCUAAGAAAAUCCUUGACACAUUAACCUGUCUUUCAAGCCGAUCAUUUAACAUGAAGCUUUGAUUCAUGAGGAAGAGGAGACAUUUAAAAAGUGUUCAACAUAGAAAUGAUGAAGACAAGAUCACAUUGCAGGGAGAAGGGGCUUUUUUCCUUUUUUAAAUGUGGGUUCUUUUUUUUUUUUUUUUUUUUUUUUUAAACUCUGGGCUCCUGUGAAAUUGUCAAGAAGCUUUUAAGAAGAGAAGAUCAUGAAUGCUUGUGAAAUCCAGUCCUCGGUGUACACAGCCAAACAUGAUAUUAAGUGGUGCAUGUAAAUGUUGAAGAAAACCAAACAGAAACUCCUUCAAAGACAAUUUUGUGCAUGUUUGUACCGUCCCUGCCUGUAUCCUAGCAUGCUUAUGUAUAACAGCCACAUUUUGUAUGUGAGUUCCAGUUACAUCAAAGAUGGCCAUUAUACAAAGCACAAAGGCUAUCCACGACAAUCAGUGUUGCAAUGAACAAAAGGAAAGGAAGGAAAAGGAAAUGCAGAAGGCUUCCAAUCUGGAGCAAUAGAAGAUGUAAAGUCAGCUUUGCUGCUAGCUGCCAAUUAGUCUACUGUUCAGAUUGUCUCUUAAUGAUUACGAAGAUGCCAGCUCAUUUCUUCUGUUGCCACUUGUAUUUGCAGUCUCCAUACUCCCAUAUUUAAAUAAGCAGCAGAGAGAGCAAGGAGAGAGAUGAAGGGGGAGUGGAAAGGAAGAAAAUGAGAAUGAGAGAGAAGGGCUUCAUCCAUGCAUUAUAUAUAUUUAUUCACUGCUGAUCGGUGGAACAGUGUAGUUUAAGCUGUGAACAUAUGAAGUGUUUGAGGGGAGCUUUGUGUUGAUUGCACAGAAUCCAUGAACCACCUCUUCUCAGUAAUUUUACAAGGCAGUGGUAUUCACGAUGGGUCACUCAACCUGUGCAGUAGAAAGUUAUGCAGCUGAUAGAGCACAAGUAUUAUUAGUAAACAGGAUUAAAAUGGAAAUUACCAAACAAGAAUACCUUGCAUGCAAAGACAUAAAAUUAACCAAGAGGGCUGUCUUACAUGUGGUAGACCAGCCUCUCUAAUGAUUUAUUAUGAUAGACAGGUCAGAUUCUCCAUGUCGGCAAUACUUUUGCAAAUAUGGGAUGUAAAAUUUAUGCCAACUUAGAAAAGAGGAAUAGGGAGAAAGAGGCGUGUGUAUAUGUAUGUUUAUUUGCACUGGCUAAUACCAAAAACAUGGUUUUCUUUCUGUUUACACAUAGACCUUCUAGAUAAGCUACUCUUUUCUUAAUAAUUUGUUUAUUUUUUCUCAAUCCUUGAUCUGAAAGAUCAGUAAUACAGUGGAACUGCUACUUGUGCAAUGACUGCCUGCAGCAUUGGUGCUAAGUGUUGAUGAUAAAACUGGUGGUUGCCAAAUACUUUCCCAUGUUUGCACCAUGGAAAGAAGUAAAACCACAAAACUACAGAGUAUUCAGGAGGCAGACUGCAGCUGCUUCAGAGGGGGAGUGUAGAUAUACGACAGUGUUUCUUUAUCUCAUCCCAGUCUGUCACAACCAUCUGACCACAUCAUGGCCCUGUACAUUUCGAACAUGAGGCCAGCCAAAGUAAAGAACAGCCGUUGUCUCCUUCACAGUUUGGAGGAUGUCAACAUGCUGCACAGUUGCAGUCGCUUCUCCCCAGUAUGUUGUGAAUUGAAACGUUAGUGCAAAAAGAACCAAACACAAGCAUCAUCAGAUAUUAUCAGAGUUGUGUGGUGAUGGUAUUGUUUUUGGGCUCUCAUUCACAUAAUACUUUGCUCCUCAAGAACAUGUAGAUCCAUCCCAUAACUAAGCUGUUGUACCCACCUGGAGCCUGUCAUUUAUGCCUUUUACUGUGCAGGGGGUGCUGUUUAUGGAUUGGGUGUCUGAAAUCCUUCUGUGGGCAUUUGCUCCAUUGUUUGGUGCUGCAUAGCACCACAUGCUAGCUUGGCCGCAUAUAACCAAAAGAAGAGGGAAUCAUCUUGUGCUCUUUUACUGUUAACUCUUUGCCUUAUAGUAAGCCCUAAACCUUUGUGGUAUCUUGCACUGGUAGUGAAUCUAAUGCCCAGAGAUGUUAUCAUGUCCAAGUUGAGUUAAAUGCUCCUCCUAUGUGUUUUACCUACCUCACAGAGGGGUUGUGAGGUUUGACUAAUUUUAGCAAAGCACUUGAAUAUUCUCUGAUGAAAGGUUUUUGAAAGUGCAAAGUAUUAUUUUAUCUGGUUGACCAAACUCAACCUGAAUGCCAGUAUGUAGCGUCACAUUUUUAGUUUCUACUGAACAAAAAUUACAUGCAGAUUUUUUUACAAUAAAAAAGCAAGCCAAAUAUUCUUUAAUACAACCUAUACCUUGCAAUGAAGCCCAAAAUGAUGAUAUCCAGAGAGUGUGCAGAAAAUAAAGCCCUCAAACGUGAGUCGCUUUGAGGAUUUUGGAGAAAAUAAGUGAGCAUAAUGGUCUGCCCCUUUACAAUUUUAUUCAGGACUGUCUUUGAUGACUUUUCCUUUUCAGCACCACAGAUUAGACCACAUAACUCCAAGAUGCGUGUGGAAGUUUCUGAUCUUCCUGCUGCUUAAGGACAGGCUAACAAGAUGUCCCAAAGUCAAACGUUUAUAUCAACCUGUGUCUUCUGCACAGUGCACAGAAAUUUCCACUGUUGCUUCUUUGAAUUAAAGUUCAUGCACAUUUAGCUGGUGUUGGAUGUAAGUUAAUAUUUUAGUGGCCUUGAGCAAGUGGUCUACCACAGAUAGCAACUUCUAGAUAUGUGUAUUAUACAUACCUGUUGAUGUAUUGCUGACAGUUGUUGUACUCUAGUAAUGCUCAUAUUACUGCUAUAGCUAAGGUUGAGCUGGCCUUUCCAUUAUAAUUCCCUAUUAUUUUAUUUUUUAUAUUUUGUAUUUUGCUGUUUCACACUGAAUCAGGAUUAAACUUAAAUGGAUUAAAUCCAACAAAACUAUAGCUGUUUUAUGCAAUAUUCAAACCUCCCUGCAUUUCAUUAUUUAUCUUUAGAAACUUUUUUCAACAAGAAGCUCCAUGCAGCGAUGUGUUAAAGAAUAGUUGAUGCCUCCUAGAAAACUCUAAUACAGUCUGCUUAGAAAAAUCUAUUUAUCUUAUUGAUUUUCUUUCUCCUUUACUAGCCCUUUUCUUCCUUUGUCCUUAUCUAAAGAUUGGCUCUGUUUUUAUAAUUUGGAUUGUGAUUAGGAAGCCAAAACCUCCAAACUUUUCAUCAUUUUCAAAUCGAGGAUUUAAUUUUUUUCCUUUCUAGUGAGAGGGGAUGCUGCAAAAUGUGGAUCCAGUGUGGAUUUUGACCUCGCCCAAGCCAUGGGCAUUGUUUUACAAAGAUUUUAUGAGAUCUGUAUCUCUUAUCAGCCUUUGUAUGACUUAGGAGCCUUUGCAGUUAUUAAUUGUUAUGGCUUACUGAAUCAUACAGGAAGACUUAAGAAUAGACACAACGUUAUGCCAGCAUAACAAUAUACUUAUUGUAAAAAUACCUAUUGCAUUUUUAGAACAUUGUCUACUACAAAAAAUCUCAGCCUAUCACCAUGUAGCUGGUAAAAUUAUUCAUGUAUGCACUGCUAAUAGCUGUUAAAAUGAUAGUAGGUACUAAUUGUAACUAGGGCAGAACAAUGUGAAAACAAUCUUCUGAAAUGAAUACCACUUCUGUUAUAACUGGGAGUACAUGGACAUUGAUUUUUAUGAGAAAAAUUUCGUAUGUCCUUAAGUACAUUCAUAUUUGUGAUCUUUGAUGAUCUUUUUGGUGAAUAUAGCAAGAAUUCUGAUACUAUGUUGGAUACUGAAGAUUAUUUUUUGUGUAGCUUUUGAACUGCAGUGGAUAUUUCACCGAGCUUUAGAGUGUCAAAGGAAAUACCUCCCUGUCCUAAGCAGGGUUUAUAGGCACAGUGCCAGUGUGAGCAUGAAGGAGUAAAAGAACAUUCCUGCUUCUGAGCAGCCAGAGUAGAGGCUGUUUGCCCAGUGUUGGAUGGAGCAAUCCAGAAGCUGCUGGCUGCAUCACCCACUGCUGCCACCAGCCCACUCAGGUCAGGAAGGCAGCUGGGAACCACUGAAGUGCAUAGAGCCUCCAUACAAGUUUCCCUCGGCUUGGGAGGGAGGACAGAAGGUCCCUUUGCCGUUUAUGGGUUGUGCGUGAUCUUCAGAGGUUAGUGUCAUUGCCUUGUACUAGCAGCAAAACAAGGUCCAGUUAGUGAGCCUGCAUUGCAUAGAAAAACCUAAAUCCCUGAGAUCUCAUCACCCCAGCUGAAAAAUGCUGACCAAAGCUUUGUAAAGGUCUAGAAUAUAGUAAUGUCCAUUCUUCAGAAGUAGUUUCAGUCAAACAUUUUGAAUUUUCAAGUAUGUAUAAGAACAUAGACAGUCUUUUCCUUUAUGAUAUUUUUGUUAAUGUUGAAAAUGUUCCAUGAGUUUCUCAGGCCUUUUUCUAAUGAAUGGUUUGGAAGGAUAUCAUUACAAAUUAUUUGUGGUAAUAUGAUAGUAGUUACUCUACUAAUACCGUGAAAAAAUUCAGAUGCGUCUACAAAUCUGUAUGGCACUAGUAACUCUUCCCUUUUUUGCAUACAAAGCUGUAAAAAAAUGGGCCGCUGUGGGUGACUGUGGAAGCUUCUGCCUGUCUUAAAACCAAUACUGAAACCCACUGAAACCACUCUGACUUGAGCAAGUAGUCCAUGCUAACAUUAGCAAUUUAGUUUUCCAUGAGAAGAAAGGGGUAAAGGGGGUGCUAUGUAUACAGAUUGUUCACUAAACUAAGGUCACAUGCCCUACUUGGUGCAGAAUUUUAAAAUAAAGUAUAUUUUGAAAAAGCUGAUUGAGCUUGACUCCACCCUGUGUCUUGAUGCUGUCAGUGCAGAGUAACUCAACCUCAGAAUUACUCCAGGCAGUUGAGGUCAGAUUGUAUAAAACAGGUGUGGAGCCAGUUUAAUUGAGAUAUGUUUAAGGAGAAUCAUCUACAGAAGCAAGUAGGUCAGACCCAGUGUCCUUUCUCAGAAAAAAAACAUUUCUGUUUGCCUGAUUUGUGACUAGUGAAUUAAGCGUGACUUUGCCAAGCAGCGUUUCUGAAUGCUUUGCUUGUUUUACAUGCACUGUUUCCUAAGGUUAUCAAAGCGAUGUCAGUAGAGAGCAGAGGGAUAAGCAGCAUUGUGAGAGCAGAGAGGACUGUGCUGCAGCAGGCAGUCAUGAGCCAGGAGGCUUUGUCCAGAGUGUCCCAACAUUUCCUAGGCAGCAUCGCUUGGAUUUGCCUGGUAAGGAUAGCCGUGGUACAACGGACAAGACCAAGAGCCAUGAUGCAGUCUCUGUUCUCUGGGAUAUGUUUCAGUCCACUUAAAAUGAGGUAGAUCCGUUGAAGUGACUGAUGGGAAUUGCAGCUGAGGAUCUAACCCAUUGCUUUCAAAACAGCCCCCUAAGGUGACGGCUGGGCUGGUGCACAGGAUAUCUCGUGUAUUUAUAUCUAUGUUUCAGUAGCAGAUAUUGGAUGACAAGUAUUUUUUGUUUUCCUUUUUGUUACUUGUAAUGAUACUUUGCAAUUGGUUCCAAUGUCAUAAAGCUUUACAAUAUGUUUGGAGAACCACAGAAUACUGUACUGCAAAGAGUGUGGCUACUACCCUCUCUUUUUGCUACAAACAGUAGAUUUCAGCAGGGAUGGACUUCCCUGGACUUAGACAUUCUGUGAAAAAAUAUUCUGACAGUUUCUAAGGGAAACAUCAUUAUAAUUUCUGUAUAACUACCCUGUACAAAGACAGCUUUAUUAUAUGUGUAAAUGUACUUUUGCUAUGUUGUUUUUAUUUAUGAAGGACAAUAGGCUUUGGUGUGGGUGAGAUGUAUAGCCUUAUAAAAACAGAGAUUGUAGCUUCCUGUCUGAUGUUUUACUGAAAGGUGUUGCUCUAUUUUUGCAGAAGAUAAACAUAAACUGAUUCCCUGAAAACUAAUGGUCUGUUCCACUACAUACACGUCAAUGACAUAAAUGGAUCAUACCGUUGAAAAUAAAGGCUUGAUAAUAAAUUGCAUUAUUUUCCCGAGAGACUCCACAUGUAAGAUCUUUUGAUACGUUAAGAAGAAGUCCUGCAGCUAUUAGUGCUGGUUAUAAUGGAUGAGUCCCUCUAUUAAUUCUGUCUCAGCCUUAGAUUAAUUCUGAAUACUGUAAUUAGAAGAACAUACUUUUCCAUCAGUUCUCAGAUCUGUACUCUUUGGAAUUCAGUUCUUUGUCAAGCAAGAGGUGGAGCUGGCUCAGUUUCGAUACGAUUCACCAAUGGUUUCACACAAAAGAGUGUUUUUCAUUUAAAGGAAGUAUAGAUCAUUGCAUAAUGCCACAGUUCUCUCUAUGUUCCAUAUAUACAUGCAUAUAUAACUUGUGAUUCUGGACAUUUUGCUUAGAAAAAUCUUUCAUUGGUUACUUACAUUUACAGAUCUUACUCAAAAGUUUCAACUCAGCAAAGCAGUUGGACAUAGGCAGGAUGUGAGGCUGUGUUGACCACGACCCACCACAUCUAUGGGCAUAUAGGCGGUCCCACUGAUUUCUGUGGGAUUAAUCACAUGCUUCAAACUAACGUAUCCAAUUAUACAUGUGACUGAAACAGUCCUUCUGGAAUGUGAUUUAGGUUGAAACUUAUUUCUGCUCAGGUUUUGGGUGCAGAUAAUGGUGAUGUGUUUUUGCUGAAUUUAAAAUCACUACCUUCUGUAGAGCCAACUGCUUUUCUCUCUUUUUUCUUUCUUUUUUUUUUUUUUUUUUAAA